GGGAGCCUCUCCUUUGGGCCUCGCCAUCUGUGAGUCUGAAAGAAGCUUGGGCCCCGACAUCAUGCAUCUCCUCUUACUUCAGCUGCUGGUGCUCCCGCCACUGGGGAAGGCUGCGUGGCCCCAGGAUGGCGGCCAGAGUCAGAGUUCUGUUCCCCCUGUGCUCCUACUAGAGAGGAGUCCCAGAGAGCUUCCCCUGGGCAACCACGGGGAGGCUGAGGAGAAGCCAGAUCUGUUCGUAGCCGUGCCACACCUGGUAGGUGCCAGCAUUUCGGGGGGAGGCCGGUGGCAGAGAGAGAAGAUGCUAUUCAGGUUUGGCAGGUUCUGGAAGAAGCCUGAGAGAGAACUGCACCCAACCCAGGACCCCGUCAGUGAGCAAGGCCCACCUGGGACCCAGGCCCUUCCUCAGUCCAAGGCUGGGAUGCAGAUAAAGAAGUCUCCUCUUCAGGAAGAAGCCAAGAGAUUCUGGCACCGCUUCAUGUUCAGAAUGAGUCCGGCUUCUCAGGGGGUCAUCCUCCCCAUCAAGAGCCACGAGGUGCACCAGGAGACCUGUAGGACCCUGCCUUUCAGCCAGACGGUCACCCAUGAAGACUGUGAGGAAGUGGUUGUACAGAACAACCUUUGUUUUGGGAAAUGCGGGUCUGCUCAUUUUCCUGGAGCGGCACAGCACCCCCAUACCUUCUGCUUCCACUGCUCGCCCGCCAGGUUCACCACAAUGCACUUGCCGCUGAACUGCUCAGGUCUCGCCCCCGUGGUCAAGGUGGUGAUGCUGGUGGAGGAGUGCCAAUGCAAGGUGAAGGAGGAACACCACGAGCAUGGACACCUCCUACAGGCAGGCUCCCAGGCAGAAUUCCAUGCCCAGGAGCCCUUUAUCCCAGGGGUUUCAACUUAGAAAGCUAUCCCACUAUUACCUAGAACAGCAAAACCACAAUA